AUGCCGAGACCUUCUGAAUGGGCAAAUGAGGAAUCAAAGAUCACGAAAGGCAAACUGCCUGUUUUGCCACCUUUGGUCACCGGCCGGUCGUCAACCCCGGACAAAAAACGGCCGGAAAACGAAAGGGCAUUUAUUUCGAUAGGGUGGUCCCCAGUCACCACAACCUCGGACUCUCAGAAGAAUUUCUCAAGUCCCACUUUCCCAGGAUUGGGAAAUCUCAGUCCGCAAUCCAAUUCCAGCGGCAGAAGCGGCAAACGACGUCCACCACCGCCAGGAACUUACAGCAGCGUCGAUGUUCUCACCCCAUCCACACCGUCUAGAUACAAGUCACCGUUUGUUGGCGAAGAAGUGCUAUCAGCGCUCAAGUCGCCAACUAUUUACACGCCAAAGAAAACUGCGUUCAAGUCGCCUUUUGUCGGCGACUCUAGCGUUCUCGUACCUACAGUGCACGGCUCCGAUGAAUCGCAAUGGAUCUCAAGCGGCGAAAAUAACUCUCUAGAAGCGACAUAUGAAGAUAACUACGAGGCCAAUAUUGACAUGCUGAACAGCCUGAAAGCGCUGCCGCCUUUGCCCUCGCAAGAAAAGCAUACCAAGCAACGGCUUGGCUUCACCAAUCAUAACCCAGAACGAAACUCGACGUGGUACGAUGAACUGUCUCAUGACCAAUCUGAAAUACUAGACAAGCCGUUUCGUCUUUUUGCAGAUCAAUCCCGAAAUGCAAGCGACGCUAGAGCCAUAUCUGACAGUAUAAGCAGCUAUUACUCAAACUCGAACUACGCGUUCAACGAUGAAUUCAAACAGGAGCGUAGUUUCGACUCUGUAGCGGGCAACAGGCCUCUUCAACAGAUACCAAGUAUCACGGUGCCGAUGCAGCCCUUCACGAUUGAUCAACUGGAUGAAAACAAGCUAUUUCAAUGCUAUAGUGUGUUUCUGCUUUCUGACAUAUAUGAAUGGCUACUGAAAGUUUACUUUGAAUGGUUUAACGAGUAUGUUUUCCGAAAAAUUGAAUUUUAUCAGAUGGUUCAACUCCUCCUGGAAUUUCAGCUUCCAGCCUCUUGCAAUCAAGAUGUCGUCGACUCAAAUGUGGAUAAAAUAAUAGAGUCUCUUAUUCUACAGGGCGCAGUGCGUUUUGAGACAGAUUCCGAGGAGUCUUUAACCGAUGAAAUCACUUUCAUUGUCGCUGGUCUUGCAGUUCAGGGUGUGUUCACUAAUCUACUUCCGUGCUAUUCUUAUGAUGCCAAGCGACUUUCAGAUAAGCAGCAUGAACAUUGCUACUGCUCACGGUGUCCUUCAAAGUACAUGAAACCGUCGAGGCCGAUUCUAAAACUCUCAGAGAUCAUUAAUAAGUCUGUUGGGCUAUGGAGCGAUUAUUGGAAUUUAUCCUCGGAGGAACUCUCCGAGCUCAACCCUCGUGAGGUCAAUCGCCAAAGUUUCAUUUUUGACCUGAUCAUUUUAGAGCAACGGUCAUUAAACUUAGCGCAUGCAGCUGUUGAAAUAUACGGGAAAAGAUAUGAUCCUGUGAUGCUUCCGCAUGAUCCUAAUUUCAAGAAGCUGGCCUUCAAUAUCUUCGAACCAAUGAUAGAACUUCACAAAGAAUUUCUACUGACGCCCAUUUUCUGGAAAUUAAAUUCACAAGGGAAGUUCAUAGAUGGAGUAGGGAAAAUAUAUUUGCAGUGGUGCAAUGCGUCGUGGGAUUUGUAUUUGCAGUAUGCUGAGUCUAUGGCUACUGUGCAUGAUGUCAUCAAAUGGGAAAAGGAACACAAUUCGCCUUUCUCUCAGUGGCUGAAAAAAGUUGACGAAUCUCCUGAGAUCUCGAGAUCCAAACUUUAUCACGAUGUCGUCUUUUUCGGGGGCUUCUUUAAAGCCUUACAAAAUAUUCCGGUCACUCUUAACUCUAUUCUCAAAAGCACAGACCAGUCGAUGGAAGAUUACGAAUAUUUGCUGCUGGCAAUAAAAGAAAUUGAGAAAUUGAAUGCAGCUGUUGAUCGUGCUCACGGGGCUGCGAUAGACCAAAGAAAGGCCAUUAGGUUGUCUCGACAGCUGGUACUCAGUACGGCACGAAAUAGCAGUACAAUCGGUUAUGUUAAUAUCAACGAUGGCGCAUCAAGUGGUUCAGUAGAUCAGGAAAGACUGGAUUUGAGACUCAACGAAAAAUCCAGAAAAAUCAUAAAGACAGGCGCUGUAUUCAAAAAGAGAGAACUGUGGUUAGAAAAUGCACAAGUCUACCUCAUUCUCCUUGAUAACUACUUACUGAUGACUGAGAUAAUUAAUAAAACUUCAGACACACGAUAUCGACUUUGUGAAAGGCCUAUCCCAAUAGACUAUUUAAGUUUGGAAGCCAGAGAAGACUCGACUUUGAGUAAAUACAGCUCUACAAAAUCAGCUCUCUCCGAACAGUCUCACAACAAUGAAGAGACACCUUCGAAAUCUGUCAGGCCUCCAAUUCACAGCUCUAAGAGUUUUUCACCUCAUAGACCAAAGUCUGCAUAUCUUCCGAGCCCUAUAUCACAAGGCAGGGUUGAUUUCUUCGAUCACCAAGAUGCACCAGCGUCGUUCAAGGUCAGAAAUACCGCCACUAAUGAGUCGUUUACAUUUUCAGCCUCGACGGUAGAGGAAAAAGAUGCGUGGGUCGCUGCUUUGGUUUCCUCUUUUAAAUCGCAUCAUGAUAAUCAAAGUUCGAGAAUAUACGACCUUACAUGUCUGUCCGACAUGUUUAGUUAUGAGGACGGGCAGGCACCCAUCAAUUUGCCUGUUUUGCACGAAGGUAGUGCAAUUUCAGAGGCCUUACAAAAGUUUUACGGAAAAAAUCUCCCACCCCAGCCUUGUCUUCAGGCUGAUGUCAGAUGCACCGCACAAGUCCAGUUUGAGGGCGAGACGUUUCUACUAUGUGCUGUCAACUUUGGAAUUUACAUGACCGCGAUCAGGCGGCCUGGUCCAUGGAAAAUGGUUAUACUACUUCCAAAGAUCACUCGUAUGGAGGUGAACACGAGACUUGAUCUUCUUUUUGUUCUAGCUGACCGCCGGUUGUGCUACUUCAACAUUCCCAGCGUCAUCUGUGCUUACUUUAGCGCGAAGGAAUACUUACCCCAAAAUCAAAUAACUGGAGUUUUACUGCAAGAGAAAGUAGGCUUUUUCAAGUCCGCUGAUGAUUUUGGCAACUUAAAACAGCUAUUUUACGAGCGAAAGGGGAAAAUAGUGGUGCUCACGCCCGAGUUCGACCGAUUAACAAAAAGAUUGAAGUUUUUCAAAGUUUACAAGAUAUACAGGUUACCAGGCGCGACUAAUGGAUUAAUAUCAAGCGAUAUUCGUGACAUUAUCAUAUUUGCAAAAAGUUUUAUCGUGUGCUCUUCUAGGGGAGCGCUUUUGUUCAACGAGUCCUUCAAUGAUGAGGGUCUGAUUUUACCUAGUUUUCACAACGACAAGACCAUGUCUGGCCACGAACACCAUUUUCCACAUCACCCGUUCAAAUCCAGCAAGGAAACCUUGUCCAAGACAGAUUCUUCUAAACAAAAAAUGGCUGAAUACGUUAAGAUUGACAUUGUGAACCGCAAAACCGCGGCGCUGGGCUGUUUCCAGCUCAGCGAUGACGAUUUUAUUAUCAUCUAUGAUGAAGCUGUUGUGAGAAUCAACAAAAACGGUGAAAUACCCAACUGGACUUCUGACGUGCUGGUCUUGGAUUUUUACUGCAACGCUGCCUCCUUUGCAGAUGAGUUUUUGAUUUUAUUUGGCGAGAACCUGAUCCAAGUAUAUGAUCUAAAUUACUCGGGGACCAUUCUAAACGAUAAGCUCAGUAAACUAACGCCCGUGCAGAUUAUAAAAGGCAAAAAGAUCAAGCUACUCAACUCGAUUUUCACUGAGAAUCCUGUGCUAGUCUUGAGCCACCCAUCCAUUCCUGGAAGACAAUUAAUUUUAGAGUUUCAAAGAAACGUCUAA